UUACACUUGAUUUGAUUAAUACAGGGAUUGAGAGAAGGAGUUGAGUUGGAGGGUAUUGAAGAAACAUUUUUCAAGAUGUUGGUGAUUGAAAAAAGGUUUACACAUGAACGCGCAAUUUAUGAGAACGCGCACGUUGCGUGUGUUAACGCUCAUAUCUGCGGUCCGCUCAGAAGCAACUUGAUUCUUCAGUAAACUGAAAACGGCCUGGAUUCAGCAUGCUGCUGCUGUCUGGGACCAUACUCUCUCUGCUACUGCUGCUCACAGGGAGCCAACAUGGAGGCCGAGCAGGACCCAGGGAGAGGAAGCCCAACUUUAUCAUUAUUCUGGCAGAUGACAUAGGCUGGGGGGACCUGGGGGCUAACAUGGAGGGUGUGAGGAAGACCCAAACCCCGAAUCUGGACCUGAUGGCAGAGCAGGGGAUGAGACUGACAGACUUUCACUCUCCAGCCUCCACCUGCUCCCCAUCCCGGGCCUCCCUGCUCACCGGCCGGCUGGGCCUGCGGAAUGGGGUGACACACAACUUUGCUGUGGGGUCUGUGUCGGGCCUUCCCCUUUCUGAGGCCACGCUGGCACAGUUGCUCCAGCAGGCAGGCUACCACACUGCCAUGGUGGGGAAGUGGCACCUGGGGCACCGAGGACCUUACCAUCCCACCAACAGAGGCUUUGAUUAUUACUUAGGUAUACCCUACAGUAAUGACAUGGGCUGUACAGACCAGCCUGGAUAUGACCUGCCCCCCUGCCCUCCCUGUGACCCUGGGCCCCAAGUACACAGACAGAAGAGGGCAGGUGCUGGAGGUUGUUCCUCCCAGGUGGCCCUGCCUCUGUAUGAGAACAGCAGCAUCAUAGAGCAGCCCCUGGACCUGUGGAGGCUGACACAGAGAUACACCCAGGCAGCUCUCAGGGUCAUACACACCGCAAGGCAACAAGGACAUCCUUAUCUGUUGUAUGUGGCUCUUGCUCACAUGCACGUCCCCCUGGCCCCCUCCCCCUCGGCCCCCCAUGGGAUAGAGGGGGGGGCUUACGCUGCCAGCCUAAGGGACAUGGACAGCCUGGUGGGAGCGAUAAAGAACGCGUCCGACUGGACAGACCAAAACAACACACUCAUCUGGUUCACAGGUGAUAAUGGCCCCUGGGAACAGAAGUGCCAGUAUGCAGGAAGUGCAGGGCCUUUCCAGGGGAAAUGGCAGACCAGCAGAGGCGGGGGCUCUGCCAAGCGGACCACUUGGGAGGGGGGUCACAGGGUACCCACCGUGGCCUACUGGCCUGGCAGCAUAGCAGCGAACAGCACCAGCUCUGCCCUGCUCAGUGGUCUGGAUGUGUUCCCCACCCUCCUGUCCCUGGCGGGGGUGGAGCCUCCGUCUGAUAGACACUACGAUGGCGUGGACGCCUCAGAAGUCCUGCUGCAUGGCGCCCAGACUGGACAUGAGUUCCUCUUUCACCCCAACAGCGGUGCUGCAGGGACGUUCGGGGACCUGCAGGCCGUCAGAGUGGACAACUACAAAGCCUUCUAUCUCACAGGUGCUGCGGAGGCAUGUGGUGGGAGCACGGGGAAGGCAGAGCUCCACGACCCCCCUCUAAUCUUCGACCUGUUCCGGGACAAAGGGGAGGAGUCACCCUUAGACGAGAGCACAGAGGAGUAUCAGCAUACGCUGGAGCGGGUCAGGAAGGGGCGGGAUGACUUGCUGUGGGACAUUGCCACUGACCAAUCCGUAUCCAAGGCUGAUUAUACAACGAGCCAGUCAGCGGCUCCCUGUUGUGACCCCAGACACACUGCCUGUCGCUGUCAUACAACUGGCUGAGGAGAGAGGGGGGGAGAUGAGGAAAAUAAAUAAUACAUCAAAUAAGGGAGAGAGGGAACAGAGGACAGGACAGAAAAUAGGGGUGCAGAGAUGUUGCUCUUCUUGCUGAUUGACAUCCACUGAUAUCCAC